CCGGUUUUAUUUUUUUCCCCCUCCUCCUGCGCCACCAGCACUUCCACAAGAAGCAGCCGCGAGCCUGGGUAAGUAAUCCUGUGCGGCUCCUCCCGCAGCGCCCGCCGCCUCUUCUGGAGCUGCGACAACAGCGCCGCGCUCGCCGGCACCGCGAUGUUCGAGGAGGGAAAGAGAGGAGAGGGCGAGGGGCGGAGAGAAGAAGUGGAGGAGGAGGAGGAGGAGGAGGAGGCGGCGCGCGGGAAAAGCAGGGGAGCCUCUUGCGCAGCGCCGGAUUCCUCUACACACACGCGCGCGCGAGGGCGCGCACACACAGACACACGCUCCUCUUCACAUCUCUCCUCGUGCACACACAGGCGCGCGCGCCUCUCGCACGUUCUGCCGCCUUUUUUAUUUUAUUUUCAGCAGCGCCCCCCCCCCCCGCCGAUCCGCCCCGCGCGCCUUCCUCCCGGCACAAGGCGGCGUCACCUUGCCGAAAAUUAAAAAUAACGGCUGUGUGUGUGUGUGUGUGUGUGUGUGUGUGUGUGGACGACGGCGCGUUGGUGGUGAACGUGCCUCGUGUCCCUUCUUCUCCCAAGGGCAGAAACUGUAGAGGCUGGGUUUUUAGGUAUUACUAUAUUUAAGUACAGUGUGUAUGUAUGUACUCAUACGAAAGAGAGCAACCGCCCUCGCUCUUUGCCGUUUGGCAGAGCCCUGUGGAAAAGGCACUCUGCACAUGCUCGCAGAAGCUGCAGUCCUGGGUGCGUUUAACCAGGGGACCCCAAACCCGGGACUUAUUUCUGAGGCGAUUUGCGUUGUUGGGACUAAGUUGAUUCCAGUUUCCAGUGCUUCGUGGUUGCAGAAGCCUGCCUAACAGUAAUAUGACUUCUUUAGACCGAUGGGCGCUACCCCCCCCCCCCCGCAAUAUUUGGUAUUAUGACAACGCGAUGAGGGAAGUUCUCCUGAGGAUACACCCCACCAAAAUAAUAAUAAUAAUAAUACCUAGGCUGCAAUCCGUUCUUAUGACCUCAAUUCUGCUCGCUCAGAAGUAGGGCAUGUUUGGUUUCACGAUGUGGGCAGGUUUGCAGCCUCAGUUCAUUCCAAUGGGACCUACCUGCACUUAAGCAUGGAUAGUAGGAGCAGACUCUCAGGAGUGUCAAAAGUCUCUGACAUGUGAAUUCCCUAAUCCGUAUUACAGCACUGUUUAUCAGGCCAUCCAAAAUGUCACAUUACCUGACAAGCCCCCCCCCCCAUGAUAAAACAGAUGCCAUUAUAUCCCAGUGAUACAUGAAGCUGACCCACAGCUAUGUUUAUAUGGCUGACCAACCUGGUUGACCACUUUUUUUUGCUCACUCAGUUUCUGCCAAGGGUGUUUUAGCCAAAGGAAAGGGGUUCCUUUGCAUCCCUCGCAAUCUCUUCAGACUAAUGUUAGGAGUAAAAACUUCGAAAGAGAGUCAACCUGCCCUGCUCCCUCCUCUCACUUUUCAAUAACAUCCCCUUAGCCAGUUAUUUAUUGUCACUCACAGACUGGGAUGAGCUGCAGGGCAUUUCUCUACCCUUGGCUUGAGUUUCAAUUUGGAGACGCUGAGCUUUGCCAUCUUUCCCUUUAGCACUGAUUGCUCUCUGAGUGCUGGGGGUUGAGGGGGUGGGAUGGGAAAGAAAAAAGUCUCUGCUUUAAAUAAAUAAUCUUCCAUUUCAGCAGUCACACAACAGCUUGCCUGCGUUAAGAAGCCUUUGGCUUGGGCUAAAGCCAGGGAGUUGAAAGGAACUCUUGCAUCCUUUUACAGCGCAUAGCUAUAGAAACCAAUCUGCCUGGCUUGCUGCAGCCACCGGUGUGCAGUAUAUCAGCACCAGGUUCAUUUUGCAUCCCUAAACAGAGGAUGUAAACUUGGAAGAGAAGCUGCACAGUCUCCAGAAUGUUCACUACUCCAGUUAGUAAGCCCUGACUUCCCAUUAAUUGAUUUGUCCUAUCUGAAAAUACAAAGUGUGAAUGUCCAUGUACACAUGUGAGUUAGUUAGAUACACAGACAGACAGACGGAGAAAUCAUUCUCCUAGCCAGACUGAUGAAGCAACUUGAGAACAUGGGAUGAAUGAAUCGAGUCUGAAUUUGGCAAAGAGUAAAACAGUCAUGUCAACCCAGCCCACUUUAUUGUGGUGCUCCUGCAUUAUCAUGUCACUGCUCCAGCCACUAUGUGGAGGGAGUUGCAAACUGAGAACACAGUGAAGAGCUCACAGAAACAACUUCACCACCUGUUCUGUUCCUGAAACUUUAAUUUAGAUCACCAAAUUGGGGGUGUGAACUUUCCUUCCUUGGAGGUUUUUAAGCAGAGGUGGAUGGCCAUCUGUCAUGGAUGCUUUAGCUGGGAAUCCUGCAUUGCAGGGGGUUAGACUAGAUGACCCUUGGGGUUCCUUCCAACUCUACAGUUCUAUGGUUUGCCUUCAGAUUGAACCAACCAACAGCAAAGAUGCACCACUGUGUUUGAAGAUGUGCAGCCCUUGCUCUGAGAAACCUGGCUAAUUUUAUGAAAAUUGUUUUUAUUUCCUCCAAAACAAAUGUUUUCCCCAAAUUAGGGAGUAAGCCCCCACAAAGUAUAUGAGAAGUAUUGUGUAGUAAUAAAAAGUUUUAAAACUUGUUAAGGCCCCUUAGAAGCUCCCCCCUCCUCGACGCUUUAUUGCAUUUUUAAACUGGCUCUGAAGACUUUUGUAUUCCACUUUUAUAGAUUGAGUUUAAUUUGACUAUGGAACCGUUGGGCUGUUCUUCUGUCUCGUGUUUUAUGAUUAUGCUCGGCUGAUUGUUGUUUGCCUUCACAUUGAUGUGCUGAGGUUUUUUUAUUGAUUUGUAGUUUUUUGAUAAGUUUGAAAUGGUAUUUGUGUAUUGUUUAUGGAUGGCACUUUAGCUUUUAUUCUGUAUUAGAUGCUUUGUGAGGAUACUGUCUUAGAAAAGAAUACAUCUAAUUAAAAAAUAAUAAUACAUUUUCCCAUGUAGGGAAUGCAAUGCAACCUUCUUGUCGUCAGGUUGUGGUGGAGGGUCCAUAUGUUUUCAAAGUGUAGACCAACCAGCCUCAAAUUGAAGACAUUAAAAUUAUGGAAGACUACAGCACACUCACUCAUACAGCCCUUUUCAUUUUAAGUUUUCCAUCAUUGGCCUUUGGGCAACGAGGUACUCCAUGACUUGACAAAUGGGAAAUGAAUGUCUUGGUUUCCAUUUCCAUAACUACCUCUUAUUGCAAAGGAAAUAAUGGCCCAGCAAGGAAUCAAAUGGAGAACCAGCUUGCAGAGUGGUGCAGCCAUCAUCAAAGACAAUUCAUCAAAUUCGUCAUCAAAGGAGCCAAUUCUCCCUGAGAUGUUGUGGGGAUUCAUCUGCAGCGAGAUCUUGGGAAGGAAUGAGGCAGUGAGCCCCCUUAAAGAGGUCAGUCGGCUCCAACUGUAGCCUUCUUUCUCCUUGUGACCUGAUUCCCAGUCCUCCCUCAGUUUUAGAGUCUUCCACUGAGAUGUUGAGUGGAUGCUUGUUUACAGAGCUAGAAAGAUUUUUUUCUAUUAACCACCACUCGGUUGAAAUGUUUUUGCACAUCUUUCAGUGGCUAACAGGUAGUUGUUAUGUGUCUUUUGCAUAGCUAUUUGUCACAACUUGGGUGGAAACACCAUUGGGCAGAAUCUACAAAUAAGCGGGGCCCUCUUGAGGAAUCACACCAGACCAUGGUGCAAGCUUGAGUAGGCAAGACAUGGCUCUACUCAUCUCACAUUUACCAGCAGGGUUCCAGUUGCAUGGAAGGCACCACACUGGGUCCUUGUAUGCCGGUCAAUUUCCACAUCAUUCUCCAGCCAAGUGUGUUGAGUUGCUGCAUCUGGCUUCAGAUAAUGGAUCCUUACCCAAUACCAUGCUAACUCCACUUUUGUUGUUGUUGUUGUUUAGUUGUUUAGUUGUGUCCGACUCUUUGUGACCCCAUGGACCAGAGCACGCCAGGCACCCCUGUCUUCCACUGCCUCCCGCAGUUUGGUCAAACUCAUGCUGGUAGCUUUGAGAACACUAUCCAACCAUCUCGUCCUCUGCUGAGGAGUGUACACUGGGGGAAGGGAGGCUGGAGUCUGACCUGGAGUGGGGGGCAGUGAUUUGUGGGGAGCUAUACCAGCCAGGAGGUAAGAGUCAAGAGGCAGGAGGAGUUUCAGAGUUUGGGAAGAUACAUAAGCUGGUGGAGGGGACAUGAUCCCCUGUUGCUGCAACUGCUCCAUUAUCUGCCAUGUGCAAUCCUUUGGCUGGGGAGUGCCCUUGAUGUUGGGGGAGGGGUAAUUACUAUGUGCCUGCCAGGAAACAGAAGCAUGAUGUUGUGUUUCCUGGGUUUAUAUUCCAGUUACAGUGUUGAUCAAGACUCCAAUGCUAUCCCCUUCCUUGUGUUCAGUAAUAUACCAUGCCAGGGAAGAGGGUACGUAUGUUUGGGUUUUAGUACUAGUCUCCAAUAUGCAAUCCUAUAAGCUGCUGAUUCAGUGCAAAUAGCCUUCAGUGGGGCGUUCUGAAUUUUUUAGUAUGUGACUUGUUCCUUGAUUUUUUGAAAGAACAUUUAUUUUAAGCAGGUUGAAGAGAUAUGUAAAAGCAGAGAAGGUGGCAUUUUUUAAAAGGGGGAGAGAGCUUUCCCCUUUCAGAAAAUACAAAGUUAAAUUCAAGCUGUGUGGGAAAUAAGGUGACUGUAGCUGCACUUUGCCUUGCAUGUUCUGGGAAAAGCUGAUUAGCUUUGGAAGGGAUUUAAUGCAAUUGCAAGUCUGGUAGCCACAGCCAUCUUAGCUUUCAUAGUUUUUACCAGUCUAAUAAAUAAGCCUCCUGCCUUGGCAAUGGAGUAAACAAAAGUUACAUACCAAGACAGAAAGCUUUUGCUCAUGUAGUGGGAAAAAGAGUGCUUGUUUUAGCUUUCAUUUUUCAGCUUAUCAUUUCUUAAAAACAGAAUAAACUGAGAAGUUGAAAAUCACACAGAAAUGUUUGUGCAUAUGCGUGUACGUGCACAUGCGCGCGCACACACACACACACUUUGGGGAUUAAGUAAAAGCUCCAGCCAAUUUCUGGGCUGCAAGCCCAGGAGAAAAAGUGCCAAGUUCAUGAGUGUCUCUUCAGUGUGGGAGCUGAAUGAAGAUUUUUAUAGAGUCAGACUUCCAAUGUUCACAGUACAGAAUUUUUGCAAGUAAUGUGGUAAUUAAGGUAUACAAGAAAAUUUCAUUACAACAACUGCUGUUUUAAAGGGUUUGGUUCUUUAGGAAACUUCAGCAAUAUGAACAGACCAAAUGAGCAGCACUUGAGAACGCUUCUUCAUAUUGUAUGGUCUGUUAACAUUUAAGGGAACAUGGAUGGCCACUUAUUUGUCCAUAUACUGGUAAUUAAUGAGAACUGUGGUAUGGUGAUAUUUUAUUUAUUUAUUGCUACAAUUUAUGUCCCAGCUUGGCAGUGCCUUAAGAUGGCAAAAAUGAAACAAUAAAUAUGAACAAUAAUAAAUUAAAAACAAAUAAAUGCAUCAAAUACAAAGAGCAAUCAACAAUAAAAUCUAUUCAAACAAACAAAAAAAAAGAGAACACAGUAAGGUGAAAUAGUUUAAUGCUGUUCAAUGGCAUCAAAUGAACAUUGAAUGAUUGCUGCAGGUAGAUAUGCCAUCACUGAAAAUAUAAUCACCUGGUAAUCACCUACCUAAACUCAGAUGGCAAGAUUUCCAGACAAAGUCUCUGAUGGAGAUCUCUGUGAAUGUUCAGGCUCCUAUGGGUAAAGGUGGAGGAAAACUCCUAGGAAAUACAAGUAUAUAGAAGAACAGACCUUACUGACACUGAGCCAAGCAUGGUUUCUGCAAUGAUCCAAAACUAUCAGAAUUUUUUGAGAGUGUCAACAAGCCUAUAGACCUGUUUGGACUGUCAAGCAACUUUCAACACCAAAAACUCAUGAGUAAGCUUAAAAGUAAAGCAAUAAGUGGAAAGGUCCUCUUGUGGAUCAGGAAUUGGUUAAGUUGUGGGAAGCAAAGACUAGGAAUAAAUGGACAGUUUUCUGAAUGGAGAGAAAUAGAAAAUGGAGACACCCCCCCCCUCAAGGAUUGGUAUUAGGAACAUCUGGUGGGGGGCAGUAGGCUAGCAAAGUUUGUCUUAAAGAAAGGGGACAUGGAGACAACAUCAUAUCUUCAGCAAACAUGAGAGGAGAAGCAGAAUCCUAGCCAUGUUCUUGAUGCUAAAGCACCUACUAGCCACAAACUCCAGUGGCUGUGUGUUUGGCAGUAGUGUGAAGAAAGCCUGCUUGCCUAUAGGAAAGGUUGCUUCUUUCUGCUACUUUGCCUUAGCUAGUUUUACAGUUUUGAAUCUCUUUGAUACCUGUUUUCUGGAGACGGAUACAAUGUUUGAAAGUUGAUUGACCAAUCUGUCUCAUCCUCUACCUACUUACUGCUUGUUUACUUGGCCUCUUUUGCUUCUCUUAUAACUAGGGUUGUACCGUUAUCAGCAUCAAGCUUAAGGACGUUUCCAGUGUUUCAACAUGUACUAAAAAGGCAUUACAUCAUCAGCAUUUAGAAAAUCACUAUAAGUAAGUAAAAGACCCAUUCCUUUUUACCCAAAUGAAGCUGAGGUCUGCUUAAAUGCAAGUAUUCAGAGUUUUCAAACCUGAUUAUGUAUGUAUGUGUUUGUUUAUUUAUUUAUUUAUUUGUAAUGUGAUAUCUCCCUUGACCAUUGAAGUGGGGUAAAUGGAUCUUGGUAAGUGCAUUCAGGAUGUAACUUGCAUUCCAGGUUCAAAGACGAUGCAAUCCACAAAUCUGUUUUCAGGCACUACUUAUGUCCCUUGAAAUGAGAUAGUUCCCUUGGGCAUCAGUAUGGAGCUGUGAAACUUGAUAUUCGUACUUAAGAUAUAAUUCUAGGUCCCAAAGUUGCAUACAUAUAUGCGCUUAGAAAUCCAAAUGUAUUGUAUUUCACAAUUUUCAAAGGUGGAAGGAAAGUACUAUAGAAUCUGCAACACCUUGAGACUGUGACAAAUGAGAAUAUUACUGCUAGAAUGACCUGGAAUGGUCAGCGGCCGAAGCUCAACCUAUACCUUGCAUUUUCUUGGGAAAUAAUUGUAAGAUCAGUUCUGCUGGGGAAACUGCAGCAUGGUCUAGGAACAUAAGAAGCUAUGCAUAGAGACUGGAUGGGAAACUUGAAUGGGAAGGUAUCUUAGGGUGCUGGGAGAGUGAUGGGUUAAAUAGCAGGUGAAAGAUGGUGGAGUAGACUCAAGACUCAAAAACCUCACAAGGCCUAAGAAAAAUAUGGGCUGCAUGCUGCUGAUUGCCAUCAGAAAACAAUUGGCUAAGAGUUAAGGUGGUUCUGCCUAGGACUGAGCCUAGAGACAGAAAGGGGCUUGUGGUUCAUGGCGAAGGAUGUUAACCCUCCGCCCCACCCACUAUGGUUCUGGUGAAAACUAACUUCCCAAGUUACCUAGGCCCCAGGAGGGAAGUUUCUAUGCAGGGCAAAUGCCAGCUUUUGGAGGGUAUUUUUAAAAAAACAGACUGAGGUGUAGGAGGAAAUAGUUAAAUCUCUUCCAGAUUCGCUAAUUGUGGAUGCUCCCUGUUCAUGUCAUUUCUAAUGUAAAUGUAUUGAGGAAAAUACUAAUGCUAAAAUGUUAGAACAUAUAUUGGUGUAUGCAAGUGUGUGUGUGUGUGUGUGUGUGUGUGUGCAUGUGUGAGGGAGGGUGGGGGAAGGAAAGAAGGAUAUUUAUUUACUUUUUAUUUGAAUUUCUCUCCUACUCUUCAUUUAUACAUGAUCCCAGGGUGAAUUAUGGAAACAAUCAAAUUACAUCACAUACACACAGAGGUUGCAUUAAAGUAAUGAACAGGUAUUAAAUACUUGGAGGAUGGAAAAAUAUUUUCAGCUUUGCUGAAACUGCAAAGCACUUUUCAGAACCAGGUCUUGAUCCUGCUUUGGGAAUUCUGGAUGUUCUUGUAAUACCAAUAGUUAAUAAUUAUUUUAAUUUAAUUGAAAUCUCUGAAGCACUUUGCAGUAUAUAGAUUGUUUUUUCUUACCUACUUGUCAUUCAACUGUCACUAUAGAGGCACCUCAAAAAUAAUCCAAGAGGAGAUGCUGUUACUGCCAUCUUUUAAUUAAUGAUUCUGAGAUUAAAGUAAACAUGAGGCAAAUAAACAGCAUCUAUGAUUUACAGCCAGCACAGUCUGGAUGGGAGCUGGAAGUUGAUGAGUUUGGCUGCCCUGAAGUACAGGGUCUCUGAACUUCACUUGUUUUUACAAUUUGGUGAGACCAAAGUUAAUCACACACACACACCUCAUGUCUCACCUUGUGCAUUGAGCUGAAUCUAAACUACUUCAGUCUCUUGGUCCCAAGCGAUUCUUCUUCCAUCCCAUUCUAAAGAGUAUCAACAAUGCAGAUUUUGGUAAUCCAACAGUUGCAGAAGAGAAUCUUCCUAGUUUGUUCAUAAGAGUUUCCACAAAUGGUCUUUAGGUAUUAAGAGCUUUAUAACUAUGACUUCAUAUAAUUAUCUACAUAGGACAUGUAUGUAGCAAGAAAAUGUGUCUUAGGCAGUGGAUCACAAGAAGGAACAAUCUGUGCCCCCAUCUGCCACCCAUGGGCUGCCUGCCUGCCACAUAUAGCACUGCCAUCACCACAAGCAAGGGCAAAACCUGCCACCUACCCACUGCAAUUUCUGCUGCCUGCCCACCCAGCCAUUGAAUUAUGGAACACCACUUAGCUAUGAAGCAGUCUGCCACUAGUAAGGAUCCUUCCUCAGAGUGAGCCAUUGUGGCUGAGAUAGCCAUAGACAGCACCUGUGCUGCUGCCACUACAACUUUGCCAAGAUGGCAGCACUCGCAGUUUAAAAUUUAACCAGUCUCAAACUUUAAACAGGGUUUGCCACUGUCACGUGCAUGUAUACUCUGAGGCCACCUAACCCACAAUGCUUUACUCUGAGAAUGACUUCUUCCUCAGAAUGUGACAUUGAAGGGUGAGGGUAGCCCCUGGUUGAGGAAUGCAGCAGCUUAAAAUGGAGGAGGAACAAGAGUAGUUGAAGCGGCAGUAGGUAGGAAAAGGAGAAAAGAGUUGGUGGUGCAGGUUAGUCAUCAAUCCUUGUGGGAAAAUGGUACAUGAUUUUGUUUUGUUAUGUUCACCCCUCACACAUCCACAGUCAACUGACCAUUUCCCCCCUCCAUACUGACAAAGCCAUAAUCUUAGUGCUACUAGAAUAUACUCCUUAUCGUGCUGAAAGGCUGCACGUUUAUUCCUUUCAUCAGCCCUGCCUUAUUCGCUCAAUCAGUACAGAGGAGGUCUGGCAGAGGAAGGAAAUGUGGGUGAAUCUCCUUAAACUUCUGUUGAACACCACAGGCUCCCUUCAUAACAUCAGCUAUACAACCCCCACUCCAGGGGUCCCCCAUUCCUAUCCUGGCCAUAAAAUCUAAUCUGCUUAUAUUUUUCAGUACCUUCAGCUUUGUUGCACUUUUGACAGCAACUAAGGUUUUUGCAAAAAAUGUCAGGAUGCCUGUUGUGGAAAAAAAUCUGUGUGAUUUAGAAGCAGCUUUAAUAUUGACAGUACAGUAACAAGUUUGUAUUCAAGGUUUGAUGUGAACAAACACUGAAACAGAUGAAUAAGAGGUCAACUCCAGAUUUUUCUGUAUCAGAGGCACAAUGUAAACAACUCUCCAUGUGACUAAGGUUGAAAAUUCUUCAUAUCAGUUCAUGGCACUGGGAUUUGGGGUAGGUUCAUGGCAAACAAGACUAUGUAAAGUAUGGCAUUUCCCCUGACAGUGCUAUAGAAUCUGGAAAUGCUAAACUCCCCGCUUGCAAUCACAGGUCUUUUAAAACCCAGAAGUAGCACUAUUCUUUAUUUAUUUUCAUUUAUAAAGCAUUUCAUAUAAAACAUCUCCAAGCAACUCAACAAUAAAAACCUAACCGAUUUAUUUUAAUUUGCUUAAUUUUCACUCUCAGGGGAAAAAAGAAUGUGUUAACAUAUAUUUAGAGUUGCCAUGUUGCAGGUGUAUUUAUUCCUUGUGAAUAGAACUUUGCUUUUUUUGACUCAGUAGCACCUACGCUAAUAAAUAUGUGGCAAAGUUUGCUUUGGGCUGCUUAGAAAAUAGAGCCUGAAGUAUUUGUUGCCACAUGCAACAAACUUGUCAGUGAUUACACAUGUACAGGAAGAACCUGUGUUUGGGCAGUUUAUUGCAAUAAUAAAAGUUUAGGUACAGAGUUGGAAAUCAGAUUGGCCAGGCAACUGUUUGGUUAAAUCCAUAGAGAAUGGGUGUAUCGGGACUGAGAGAACAGUAAGGUACACUGUAGCGGUGUUAUGAGGCUGAUAAGGAGAGGGAACUUUGAUGGGCACCACAUAAACAUGAGGACAGCCCAGUUGGGUCAGAAGGAGUUGGGUGGUUGGUAACUAUUUGGUUAGAGUUGGCUAUGCAUUUGUACACCUCUUAAUAUAUCAUAAAAAAUGCAUAAUGGUUCCUGAGACCAAGGAGCAAGUUUUCCUUUGUGUUUGGAUACAGUUAGAUGCCGUUUAGAUUCCUGAUGGUAGACUGAACCUUUCAAAACUGCGCUGAUUUUUAAUCAGAUUUUGCAUAGUGGUUCCUGAGAUCAAGGAGCAGGUUUUUCUUUGUGUUCAGAUACAAUUGAAUCAAAAUGGUGGAAUAAGUCAUUCACACUGAUUUUACCCACUGACUUUAAACCUGCACUGUUGCUUGCUUGUUUUUUGGAAUUCCUGAGCAAUGUUGGGUAUGAGGCUGCUAGUCUAUGUUUCCAGCAGGUAUGAAUAUUAUAGUUCUCCUGGCUGGCCCAAAAUAUUUUGGCACCUGAGGCAAACCACAAAAUGGAUCUCACCCUGUCAGGGAAGAAGGGAUGAGUGAAGAUCUACAUCAGCUCCAAGGGGGGAAUAAAGUGCAGAGGAGGGCAACCAAGAUGAUCAAGGUUCUGGAAAUCAAGCCUUAUGACAGUUGAGGGAGUUGGGUAUGUUUAUGUGGGAUGUGAAACACAUAGCAGUCAAGUACAACAUUCCUAGAGUGGACAUGCUAGGGGAUGCUUUGUAUCAUUCAAGAGAAAACUUCCUUUUUCCUCCUGAGCUGGGACAAACUUCCUCUGCAUGUGACUAGAGGUGAGUGUAGUCUAAUCUGGCCCUCUCUCUGCCCAGGGAACAAGAGUAAGGCAGGGAGCACACCUCUCUCUCUUUCUGCUCUUCUCCAUUUUUUUUUUCUGCGUGUGAGGAGAAGUGACUGCUUGUUCACAGUCACUUAGGAACUAACUCCCUUAUGGGAUAGUUCCACACGUGUAUAUACUUUUGUAACAUAAGUCUGCCUUCAGGGAUCCAACUGAAUGAAUGUGAGUAAACUACUUUUAUAUAGAGUUUAAUAAGAUUGUUGUGUUUAUUCUUUUUAAGAGGGACAAAAAGGGAUCUUACUAAGAAUCCUAUAUUUAGAGGCUAAAACUAGCCUGUAACAAGCAAACCGCUGUGCGUGUAAAGGGGAAUGUUUAAACUCUGCUUAGAUAUAGAACUUGUUAACACAAGUUAUCCGUAAACAAUAAAUCCUCUCCUGCCUCCCUGAACAUUCCCACAGUUCAGCCUGGAUGAAUGAGGUGAAUGAAAGGAGAUAUGAUAGCCAUCUUCAAAUACCUAAAGAAGAUAGGUGGAAGAUAGAACAAGCUUGUUUUCUCCAGCUCUGGAGGGUAGGACCCAGGCCAAUGGCUUCAAGAAAGGACAUUCCGACUAAACAUCAGGAAUAACUUUCUGGCAGUAAGAGCAGUUUGACAGUGGAAUGUUAACCCUCAGGAGGUGAUGGACUCUCCUUCUUUGGAGGUUUUUAAGUAGAGGUUGGAUGUAUGCUUUAGUUGAGAUUCCUGCAUUUCAGGGGUUGGACUAGAUGACUCUUAGGAUUCCUUCCAACUCUAUAAUUCUAUGAUGCUAUGAUUCUGCAUUGGGAGCAAGGGUGGGAGAAGGCCGGCAGCACCUUCUUUUUGCCAAGAGACUGCUGUAGAGAUGACAUUGUGGGGAAGCUACCAAGAAGGCCUCAGAUCUGGCUUCUAAGGAGCGCAGUGCAGCCAUUGCUGUUAUCGCGGCAGCAGGCAAUGCAUUCCUUGAUGCCAAAUCUGCUGCCCCUGUGGAUCCUGCCACCUGAGGUGGUUGUCUCACUUUGCCUCAUGGGUGGGCCAGUGAUUCUAAUUAUUGUAAACAAUAAUUAGACAAUCUUUGUAGCAUCUAAUAGUUGCAUAGGUUACCAGUUGUCUAUAGUUUCCAGUCACACAAUGAGGUGAUCAAUACCAUGUUCCAGAACCCAACAUGGAGAAAUGAGAGCAAUGGCCAAAGAUUAGAGACAUUCAGCUUUCCCAGUCGCUGGACAUACUGUACAAGUAACAACCCAAGAGGAGGAAAAUCUUGGAGGGGAAUGUCCCUCAAGUAGACAGAUCAUAGAUCAGGCCAGGGUGACUACCAUAAAAAUAAAUGAAAAGGUUGGAAUAAUGUGCAGUGGAAUUUGUUACAGAAAGAAGAUGCCAGGAAGGCUAUGUGCUGAAAACUGAUAUACUGCACCGUGAAAUCACACACGAAAAAAUAAAUGAAAAUGGUGGAAUGAUUUCAUGGGCUGUUAGAUGAAAAUUUAAAAGCAAUCAAGGACUAUGAGAAGAGGGGAUGAUAGCGCUAUCUUUUGAUUUUUUCCCCCCCUUGGCCAUUUGUAUAUCAGAGAUAAGUGACUGAUGAGAACUACCACUGAUGAGUUUUUUAUGGCUUUUGCUACCUCUGUUUUAACAUUUCUUUAUUAACAAACGGUGUAAUUUUAACCUGGCUAUGAAUGUUUAAUCUGGACAUCAGCAGGUAUUAGGCAUUCAAAUAUGAUCAAUUUUGUACUUAUCAGUUCUUUUUCCAGGGCUUCUGGCUGCAAAUUUCAUUAUCUAGGAGGGGAAAACAUGUGUAUUAGUAUUUCCUGUUUAUUGGUCCCCCAGCUGUCUAAACCAAAUAUAGUAACUUUUGUUAUUUUAUUUUAUUUGCAAUUACACUGUGCGUUGAUUGGAUUGCCUUUUGGAGGGCAUUUUGCUAUCUACUAAAUCUAGUGUGUUCUCUUAAUGGAUUUUGGCAAAUAAUACAUUGGAACUUUGAGCACCCGAUAUUGGCAUUGGCAAAAGGGAGGUGAUACUAUAUGUAGUGAUGACAAACUACAGCUCUCUGCCUUGUUCCUCUGCCCUUGCAAUUACUUUCAAAAUAGUGUAGCACUGGCAGAAUUAAAUAACUGUAAAACGUUUAAUCUAGAAUACUUUCCAAGGAGGAAAGCAAAAUCUAACAACAGGCUGUUUCACAAGCAAUUAGAGGUAAAGAAGAGGAUUUAACCUCUAACACAAGAAUGAUUCCUAUAAAUAAUUGGAUUUAUUACACAUAAGCAAAUGCAGUGAAACAAACAAACAAACAAAAACCAGCAACAAACCACCUAUUAAGUUCUAAUUCAGAAAUUUGGUAGCCACUGUAGUAUACUAAAUGCUUAUGAUAUGCAAAAACUUGUUGCUGAAAACAAUUUCUUUCUGAAUAUUGUUUGUGUAAUUUGAUCAGUGAUGAGCAAAACAAGGAAGCAAUUGUUUUUUCUCCUCAAUUAUAUUUAUUUCUGCAUAUGAAGAAAUAUGUAUUUGUGGUGGCCCAGUAAAUAAUCUCUACAGCGAUGCAACAUUUUAGAACAAAAACUGUCUCAUAUACCUAUUAAUCACGUGUGAUUGUUUUAUCUGGGACACUGGUGGCGCUGUGGGAUGAACCACAGAGCCUAGAACUUGCCGAUCAGAAGGUAGGCGGUUCGAAUCCCCGCAGCGGGGUGAGCUCCCGUCGCUCAGUCCCUUCUCCUGCCAACCUAGCAGUUCGAAAACAUGAAGUGCAAGUAGAUAAAUAGGUACCGCUCCGGUGGGAAGGUAAACAGUGUUUCCGUGCGCUGCUCUGGUUUGCCAGAAGUGGCUUAGUCAUGCUGGCCACAUGACCCAGAAGCUGUACUCCGGCUCCCUCGGCCAAUAAAGCGAGAUGAGUGCCGCAACCCAGAGUCGGUCAGGACUGGACCUAACGGUCAAGGGUCCCUUUACCUUUACCUUUAAUUGUUUUAUGAAAAUGUAUAGUUAUUGAAGGAAACAAGCAUUGAGGAUAUUAGCUAAUCAGCUCAACCAAUAAAAUUAUCAAUUAUUAAGAGUAGCAAUUCAGCAGUAGCCGCAUUCCCAAGUAACUACAAUGGUUCUUUGGCAAACUGGCUGACAAUUCUCAAUCUUCAUGAUGUUCAGUGGGUUGCAUUAUGCUUUUGGGUGAAAACAAAGACAAAAAGUGGCCUCCCUCUCAGCAGUAAUGGAAACAACCAAACCUAUUCACCAUCAUCUCUGACUUCACAGGGUUAAUUCACAUGAAGCACCCACCAUUUAGUCACCAUAGGAACCUGUUGAAGAGUAGAGAAUUAAUUAAUUACAUUUGGAAACACCUUGAUUGCAGAGAGAACAAUAGUGUUGAAACUGUCAAGGACUUGGAUUGAGUGUACAUUGAGUACAUUGAGAGGCGAUAAGCCUAUUGGUUCUUCCUUUGCCUUGUCAUGCUGAAUUUCUGGGUGGCGGGUGGUGUUUGCGUGUACACCACACAGCGAGCAGGUGUCCUUCACAAGUUGUCCCAUAUGAUCAAAAUACAGAGACUCAAGUGGGAUUUAUAUACACAAAGCCAGCAGUGUAUGAAUAUUAUUCAAAGCUUGUGUACCCCUUACCACGCAAAUACGUUUACAGAGCAGUCUUUGGAGCAAAGGAAGGUGGACAGCUUUAAAAGGGUAUUAAGACAUAUCAGCGGAGGGUAAAGCUACAGUGGCAGCUUGCCAUGAUAGGAUCUCCAGAAUCAGAGGCACUAUGUCAUGGAAUACCAGAUCCUUGAGGAAAAAGCCCCUUAAUCCCCAUCACUUUACAAGGAAGCUAGCUUGGUUAUUUCUUGGAAUUAGAAGGCUUGUUUAGCUUUUGACACUUACUGUAACCAAGGAAUAGAGGGGUCUGGCACCCCCCUAAGCCCAGAACAAUAUGUUUAUCCCUUUUUUACUUCCCAUCACCAAAAAAUGGUCACACUCUGAUUUCCAUAAGAAUAAAGUGAUAUGAAACAUAAUAAACAUGAAAACAAUUAUCAUAAAAACAGAAACAACAUAAUUAGCAGCAUCAAAACUCAGAAAUGUAUUCACCCAUCAGCCUCUAAAAGCCUGACACAAAAGGUAUGAGGUGAAUUUUUGCCUGGUGUCUAAAAGAACAUAAAGUGGGAGCCAAAUGCACCUCAGUGAGAAGGUCAUUCCACAGAUGCAGAGACAUCACAGAAAAGGCUCUUCCUAAUGCUGGGAAGCCCCUAACUCUGUAUUACUCUGUAUUUCAUCUGGUUUACGCAUUCAAAACACAUAGUGCAAGAGAGGCCUGUUUGGUGAUUGUACAUUCACCUAAGGAAUGGUUUCACCAGGUGUUUGCUUAAUAAACAUGCUGCGUGGAAACCCGUCUUCCAAUUUCUCAGAAGCCAUUUUUCGCCUGUGAAGAAAGGUACCCAUCUUUCUGUUCUAUUUUCAGAGUUCUUAAAAAAAAAUCAGUAGAAUGUUGAUCUUGGGUUUUGAGCAUUGAGAGGUAGCCAAGGAUAGUGCAUGCAUUUCCCCCCUUUUCCUGUAAACAUUUUUCUAUCACUCUUCAAAUUACUCAUCUGCCUGAACUUCCUGAAUUGAAAAAGCACCAUGGAAGGAGUUACUUCAUUAUAUCUGGGCUUUAAUUGACACAUGAGUACCUAGGAAGGCUGCAGAGUGCAGAACACUGGCGAAACCUUGCUCCUUGUGACAGUUUCACCAAAAUGUCCCACCCACUUUGAUUAAUGUCCCACCCACUUUGAUUUUAGAAAGAAAUUUCUUUUCUCAUUAAUUGAUGGGAAAUGGUUAAAAAUGCAGUAUUUUUUUUGGCAUAGUAUUAUUUUAUACACCUUGAGAAUAGAUUGGUAUUUUAGUUGUCUUGCUCUUCUUCUGUGACCUUAGCAUUGAGGCUGAAGCAAUCCAAAGGUUUCAGAUUUUCACAUUGUUCAAUAAUUCUGCUAGGCAUUUUUCCAGAACCCUGCAGUCUAAGAGAGAGUGUCUUCAACUUUAUCUCUGGAAUAAAUCUGUUGUGUACUCUGGGUGGUAUUCAGCUAAGUUUUACUCAGAGUAGACUCAGGUAAUGAACAUGACUGAGUUAUGGUCCAUUUCAAUAGGUCUACUUUGAGUAAAAUCUAGUUGAAUACCACCCUCUGUUCCCUGAAACAGCACCAAAUCAUAUCUAAACACUUAGACACUGACCUACAAUAUUUUAAAAUAAGCAACACUGUUGCUGCAUUUAUUCUGUAUUUGAUGAAAUCCCUGUGCUACUUUGCACUCUUCUCUUCAUGUUAAUUACUUGGUUGUUUUACAUUGGCAAUUAAGUCCUUAAUCAAUCACAUUUGGUGUCCUUUAAAACCUCAGUGAGAGUAAACAGCAUAACAUGCUAAUAAAAUGCUGUAGUGGUGUUAUUUUUGUCAAUUUUGGCCCAGUGAGGCCAAUUUACCCAUUGUAACUCUGGUCUCCUGCUGGUGGAACGUCAUCAAAACCAAUUGAAUUACAUCUGCUUCAACAGCAAUCAUGCAAUGAGAGUAAGAUCACUGCAGCUUAUUCUGUCUGAUUGGGAUAGCUGGAGAGUCAUGUACCAGCCUUUGUUUGACAAGAGGUGCUCAUUCAUUUAAAAACUGAGUUACGUGACUUUAUAAAACUGAUCUACUACACAGUUAAACCUGACAACUUUGAUCUAAUCCCAUGCAGUCCUACUCAUGCAGUGAACUAGCUUGGCUUAAAUCCAAAAAACUCAACUAAGGUAAUGUUAUAUUUUAAAUUAAUGUCAUUAUUGCAUUAUUUUAAAAUAAUUUUUAAUGUUUUAUGUGCAUUUUACUUAGGGCUUUGGGGGACUUGAAAUUGCAGGGGAAAGGUAUCCUGAAACAUCUGAAAGUCGACUUGGUCAUCAGUUAUUGUUUUUUAAAUUUAAGGAAAAUGUGAUGUCAGAAUGGCCAUUUGCCAUGUGGCCAUUUGCCACCACCUACAGGUAGGUGGUGGUCGCAGCCCCUCACUGGCUAGCCACCAUUCCCAGGUGCUGGGACUCACAUCCACGACAGGCUGUUGAAGAUCAUCUGGUCAGCUGCAUUGCAAGGCAAGUAUUUGCCUGCCAAAUACUUAAUUUAAACUGCUCAAUCAUGGGCACCUUAGUGGGCAGAGCUUCACUGGCAGACCAAGACUUGCAUGCUUCCACUCUGGUCCUCUGGCUACCCUUAAAAGCCAAGUGUGCCUGGCACUUUCAGCACAGUUGGCAGAAGAGUAAACCCACCCACCCACCCUUCCUUCCUUCCUUCCUUCCUUCCUUCCUUCCUUCCUUCCUUCCUUCCUUCCCUCCUUCACUGCAUGUUUUGCCUCCUUGCACUCUACCUGACCUUGCUAUGGUUCCCAAUGUUUGCUGGGAAGGAAUUUGCCUUCAAACAGAUUGGGCCCAUCUGGAUGUUUUGUGCUUCCCAACCUAGUCAUCAAGGUCUUGGGUGAAUUGGUGCAUCACCCUGACCGAAGAACAGGUGCAUACUCAGGGUAACCCAUAAGAGAGCUCUAGCUGGAAGUCUCUGCCCAGAAGCCAAGAUGGGGCAGAUGGGCCAUAGAGCUUCCAGCAGUGGCCCAAAAAUUGGCCACCUUGGUAGACUGGUGUCUUGAGGAGACCAAAAUCCUUGCCAUAACCCCGAAAAAGGUUUCAGCCCUCCAUCAGGAGGCUGAAAUGCAUAUACAGCCAAUGGCUGAGCCAAAGUUCACUUGCACCUGAAAGCAAUAAACUUGUGGCCAUUUUUCAAAAAUCCCAGAUCAUUGUCUUAUCAAGUUUGUUCCUUUACACCUUAGCUAUAGCCUCCGCACAGGGAAGGGUGGUGUAUGUGCUGUGCUGGUUAACCGCAGCUACUGGUGGGUGAACUGAGGUUUAUUAUUUGCUAGUAGUAAUUUAAGUACAUGGUGACAUCACAGAAAAAAGGAUGAGCAACUAAGUGUAGCAUGUCAAGGGGGGUGAAAUAAUGCAGAGAAGCAGUUGAUACAGUCUCCUCCAAAGUACCACCACCACCAUAAUGCAUGUUUACUUGAGCUACUUGUAGAAAGAGUGGAAUACUUAUUCCAGCCUUAUUUGCUUAUUUAACAACCUCAGGUGACAACCUCUAUGUGUUUAGAUACAUUCACAAAUCCUAGGGCAGCAACAUUUUAUAGAUUAAUCAGAAUGCAUUUUAAACACUUCCCCCAUCAUCUAGAAAGGUGGCACUGGUUAAUCUGGCAGUGCACAUUUUAAAAAGUUAAGCACUGAGCACCAUCUUGAAAAGGGCACUUCACAUAGGAAAUAAUGGAUGGAAUUCAACUUACUGAGCAGUACAGUGGUAGCUCGGGUUAAGUACUUAAUUCGUUCCGGAGGUCUGUUCUUAACCUGAAGCUGUUCUUAACCUGAAGCACCACUUUAGCUAAUGGGGCCUCCUGCUGCCACCGCGCCGCUGAAGCACGAUUUCUGUUCUCAUCCUGAAGCAAAGUUCUUAACCUGAAGCACUAUUUCUGGGUUAGCGGAGUCUGUAACCUGAAGCGUAUGUAACCUGAGGUACCACUGUACUCUCCCCCCUUCCUCCUGUGUACCCCUUAUAUCAGUUCUGGAGAUUCCUCCAAUCCUUUCAGAGCAAAUUUUUUAGGGUGUGGGGACAUGCAGGGGGAGGGGGGAGUCCCAUUGUGCAAAUGUACAUCCAUGCAUGCAACAACUUACUUAAAUCCUGCUGAGUGACUUCUCAGGAAGGUUAUAAUCUUAAAAGGUAGUUUACAAAUAUCUGAAGCAAACCAUCAUACAUGCGUAUAAUCUAAAAACAAAGGAAGUGUGAUUCAUGCCUCAGAUCAUUUUAAAUAUCCACAUGCAAAUGUAUGCAAUGGAUCCACUCUUGCUAAUUACCUAAGAUUCAUAUUGUUAAUCAGCUGUGGUUUCUGUUCCUGGGUGACAGCUAACACUGGCACAUAAUUAGAACGCAGUGUGAUUAGUGUGAGAUUAUAGCCCUAUUCAGGCAUUGAGUAUCUGUGGGUACCAAAGCUGUGCAGCAGACACAUGUGUUGUCCAUGGCCCCAGCCACUGCUUGUUCAUUGCCAAUCUGAACUAGGUGCUAUUUACUUACCACAUAAAGAUCCUUGCACAGGAAGAGACCUCAUGAUUGACCAGGAUAUCUGUGGGCUGUUCAAAACUAACUGCAAAAAACCAACUUCCAUCAAUUAGCUCCAAUUUAAUUUUGAGUUUGUUUUCGUUCCUUGUAGAUAAAAAUCGGCAGGCCUUUGAGGCAGCAUUAUCAAGCACUGUAAGCAAGAAACACACACAAUGAAUGAAUGAAAGCUGAAAGAGAUUGGUUUCAAAAUUGAGUAAUUGUUUUAAAUACAUUUUCCUCUACUCUUUUUAAAAGACAAAAAUACAGACACACUUUCCCCUAUUACAAAGAAAGAGAAUAUUAUAAUAAAUACCCCCUUGAAACUGAUAAGGAAUGUUGCCUUUGUUUUGAGUAAUUACUAAAACUGUUCCUUUCCAAAGCAAACUUUGACUAGGCUGUGAAGCUACGUUGUCUAAAAUGACGAAGUGUAGUUUAACAUACAGCAGCAUAACUUGGCAAGAUGACAGGGAAACUUUUCAUAAUCUUUCUAUCUAUAUCUCUAUAUAUAUUUUGGUAAAAUAAAGAACAUAUACUAAAAGAAAGUUUGUUUCCCCCUCUGAAAAGAACUGAUGUUGGCUAAGAUUGAGGGCACAAGGAGAAGGGGACGACAGAGGACGAGAUGGUUGGACAGUGUUCUUGAAGCUACUAACAUGAAUUUGACGAAACGCUGGGAAGCAGUGGAAGGCAGGAGUGCCUGGCAUGCUCUGGUCCAUGGGGUCACAAUGAGUCGGACAUGACUAAUCGACUAAACAACAAAACUAAAAGAAAGAAAAAUGCUACAAGGCAUAAACAAAGCAAAACAUUAGCAACAAAACGUAUAAUAGUUCCUCUGCCUGUCCAGAGUCGGCUGCUGCUGCUCAGAAUGUUACUGCUUAGAAUGUGGCUCUGGAGUCUUUAGCAUGUGCAAACUGUACCACUGGUUGAAAGACGGAGGCUUCAAGUGAUGUCAUUCUCGAUGGCUAAGAUAGCAAGUGAUGUGAGCUGCCUAUCCAUCCUGAUAGAUCGCAAGUAUAUUUGGAUGAGUAUCAGCUUUCCAAAACUAUACUCACCACUGGUAACAAUCACUGGAAGCAACAGGAGAAUUUGUAGUGCUGCUACCCAGACCUCUGGAAAAACAUCAUAUAACUGGUGUACUCAGGCAUGUGCAGUGGAGGGGG